AUGAGUGUUGACACGAUAUCGGAUGACGCAGCUGUGUUUUCAAGAUUACAACUAGCUAGAGCAUUGAAGGAAGAUCCCGAAUAUAUUUAUGGUGCGGAAGAAAGUGCCAUCUUUCAGAGGCAGCGUAACCAAACCUCAGCUCUACAACUUCCAAAAAAUGAAUUCCAUCUACCACGUCCAAUGAGUUUAUUAAUUCCUCCAAUUUUAAAUGAUGACGAACUCCAUGAUGAAAACUCUUCUCAACCAAACACACCAAUCCAAGUCAAACAUUCACCACAACAGGUCUCUCAACAAGUUCGGCGUCAAAGUCAGGCUUUUACUUCAAGUCCAAGGAAUAGUGUAAUAAUACCUGAUGAAAGACGUGGUAGCGGUAGUAAAACCUUAUUGGACGUGAGACAAUCAAUGUUGGAAAAUAGGCAUAACUUACAUAAUGCUAAUCCUUUUUCCACCUCAUCAAGUCAUAGAACUUCUAUGAUACUACAACAAAACAAAACCCUUCCUGAUGCUAAUGGAAAAUUGAGAUCUGGAAAUUCUCGACCGAAUUCAUUAAUUGUAUCUUCACCUCGUCCAAUUUCAACUUAUACCAUUAAUACCGCUAAUUCACGACCUACUUCGUUUUAUAAACAAAAUAAAUCAUUUACUCCUGAUGAGAAUGAUGAGGAAAGUGAAUCUUCCGUCAACUCUCCUAAAACUAAAUCACAGAAAUCAAGUAAAAUUAAAAAGUCGAGUUCAUCAUCAUCUGAUGGUUCGGAUUCUCCUCCAACAUUACCUCCGAUUAAGAGCGUUGCCAGUCAAUCUAUAAUUCUUGAAAAAGUUGAUGAAGAAGGUGAUUCUUCCGAUGAAUCCGAUGAUGAUACUCCACUUGCCUUAAAAUCUACUCCCAAAAUUAAAGUGGCCCCUCCUCCUCGAAUUACAACGGGGAAAAAUAAUAACGGAAGGAUUGAAGCCUGGCUUGAACAUGUGUCAGGAUCGCCUGAAGGAUCUUCACCAAAUCAAUCUCCAACGCGUUCUCAUUCUCCACGUACAAAAAGAACUUCAAUGUAUAAUAUGAAUCAAUACAACUCAAGCCCACUUGUGGCGAGUCAUAGAAUGUCACUUGUAGUUGAACCUAUUAACAAAACACAAAGUCGCCGUCGCCCUAUAUCGGCUUUUGUUCCUGGCGAUAUACACGCACCUAAACCUGAUUUUCAUCAACCAAGAAAGAGAAGUAAUAGCGAAUUUGUACCGAGAAAACGAACGGAUUCAAUGUUAAUUGAAUCUCCAAUCCCGCAUGGACGUGUGUCUCCAAAUCCUCGUCAGGAUUCUGGUUAUUGGGCAAAAGAUACUUUGUUAGCUUUAUCUGAAGAUCUUCGUCAUGUAAAUUUGAUGAAUGAUUUGGGUGCAUCAUCAACAAAGAGUAAAGGUUCUAACGUUAGUAAUGGUAGCAGCAAUAAAUCAACCAAUCGCCACAGACAUGAAGGAAGCGGAAAUUGUAGUAAACCUAGUUCUCCAAAAUUACAAAUUCCGGUCGGUGGUUAUGGCUCGCACACAAAUAUUAACAUGAAUAAACGGCUUUCUUCUGAACUCUUAAUCCCUUCAAACAGAAAUUCUAUUUUAUAUCAACAAAAAAAUCGUAUUAGAUCUUAA